UACAAACCACACCCUGUUUUAAAUGGAACCAAGUUAUCUAUCCUUCGGAUGAGACCACCAGAGAGCCUGUGCAUAUUGCUGGUGCCGCCGUAUAAUUUCAUUCAUCAGACGGUGAGUUUCGUGGUCCCUCGAGCCCGAGAGCGUGAGGUUUAGGGUUUUCGCUGACAGACCACUUCUCUGAUAGAGGUUUCCUCCACCGAAAACCCUAGAUUUUCUGCAUUUUCUAGGAAAUCGGGGUUUCGUUUUGUCUCAGAAUUGCAGAAAAACCCGACAAAGACCAUGAAUAACAGGAAAAGAAAGAAUCAGAAGGGUGGCGGGAGAAAAGAUAAAAAAAUGCCUCAUUUACCUUCAAGCCUAAGAAGAGAACUGGGAAUUGAGAGAUUCAACCGAGAAGAUGGCCAUGAAUCUAAUUCAGAGGAAGAGUUGCACCCAGGAGAUGCGGUUUAUGAGUAUGACGAGCCAUUGCCCCAAGAGGAAUCGAAGAAGAACCGUAGAUUUGAUCAUGUUGAUAACCUUGAGUACGAGCUGCCCGAAUCUUUUCGUGAUGAGGAGAUUGAUGAGGAUUUGGCAUCUGGUGAUGAUGAAUUUCCUGGAGUGGGACAAGACCAUGAGGGAAAUGAUGACUCAGAUGACGAAAGCGAGGAUUUUUUGGAUACUUCAGAAUAUGAGAAUGAUGAAGCAGAUGAAGAAUUGGGGGAAGAAGACGACGAGAGACACAAAAAGAUGAUAGAAGCAAUUACUGGAAUGCCCGGAAAUAUUCGCCAAGGCAUGAAAAGGAGUAAGAAGGUUGUGUCUGAGACACUCCCAGAAUCUGAGUAUAAUUUGGACCAGAAACCUUCAGAUGGAAACACCCCAAUCACAAUUCAGGAUCUUUUGGACCCACUUCAGGACAAAGCUGGUUACUCUAAUCUCAGGAAAAGGAUGCAACAAUUGGAGAAGAAUGCGACACCUAUCCAGCCUCCCCUUCCUAGAGUUUUGAAAGAGAGGUUGGAAAGGAAAGUAGCUUACAAGCAAUCUAAAGAUGACAUUACAAAAUGGGAACCAAUUGUUAAGAAGAAUAGAGUGGCCCCCACAAUCUAUUUUGAUGACAACACUGAUGUGGGAUUCUCGACAGUAGGAGCCGUAGCUGCCAAAUUUGAGCCUAGAACAGAUUUUGAGAAAAAAAUGGCUACAUUAUUGACUGAUUCUAAGGUUAUGGAAGCACAUCGCGAAGAUGGUUCCAAGCUUCUUGAGUUUAACGCGGUUUCAGUUGAAGAUGUAAGGGAGCGCCAGAAUCGUCUGGCUAAAAUGCGUAGCUUGCUCUUCCGUCAUGAGUUAAAAGCUAAGCACUUAAAGAAGAUUAAGUCUAAGACGUAUCAUCGCAUGCUGAAGAGGGACAGAUUGAAAUCUGCAUCAGCGGAAAUGGAAAUGGACCCAGAAGCAGCAAAAGAAUACAUGAUGAAGCAGGAAUUCAAGCGUGCUGAGGAACGGAUGACUCUGAAGCAUAAAAACAGUUCCAAAUGGGCCAAACGAAUCCUGAAACGUGGAUUGAAAGCUCAAGAUGAAGGGACUCGUGCAGCUAUCGCAGAACAACUCCAUCAACAUGAGCUCCUUACUAGAAAGAUGAAUUCCAUGAAGGAUAGUUCUAGCAGUGAUGAAAGUAGUGGAGAUGAUGAUGAAGGGGUGUCCAAGCUUAUUGAAAAUGCUAAAGAGGAGACAACGAAGCUUUUAGAUGAGAAUGAUAUCCCAAAAUCAGGAGUGAUGUCCUUGCCAUUUAUGGUUCGUGGAAUAAAAAAGCGAAAGAUGGAGGCAUAUGAAGAAGCUCGUCUUGCUCUUGAGGAGUAUGAUUCCUCUUUGAAGCGUGAGGAUGAUGAUCCAAAUGUAAAAGGAGGUGUUGUAAGUGGUAGAAGAGUCUUUGGAGAACCAAAAAGGCAAUCUCAAGAGCCCACUGUUAGGACUAAAUCAAAUGAUAUUGAUGGAGUAAGUGAUAGUGAAGAUGACUUUGAAGUCAAGGAAAAGGUUGACUCCGAUCCUGGUCCUGUACAGAGAGAAGCUGUGGUUGAUCUUGAAGUACUCCGUGAAGAAUCGGAGAGAGCUCAUGAUCCUGUCUAUAAGAGUUUUGAUGAUAUAGAAAAGGAACUGGGACCAAAAACAACAUAUGACGUUGCAAUAUUUACCUCAGGUUCUUUUCAAAAGAGGAAAUAUCAGAAGAAAAUUGAUGUCGAUACAACUAAGUCCAAGACAGCACUGGACACAAUGCCUGUUCAGGAUCCCAAGGAAACCGAUGAUGACACGGGUGGCGAUGAGGAAUCAGAAGGGGAGAGUCAUUCUGAUGGAGUAGACUCAGAUGACAAUCUUCCCACGCAAUCAGACCUAAUUCACCGUGCUUUUGCUGGUGAUGACGUAGAAGAAGAAUUUGAGAAGGAGAAAUUGGCAUUGUUGAAUGAAGAGAUCCCUGAACCUGAAAAGCUUGUUAUGCUUCCUGGUUGGGGCCAGUGGACAGAUGUUCAGCGUAAGAAAGGCUUACCUUCAUGGAUGGUGGAAGAGCAUGAAAGUGCUAAAAAGAAGAGGGAAGAUGCACUUAAAAAGAGGAAAGAUGCAAAUCUUAAACACGUGAUUAUUUCUGAAAGGGUUGACAAAAAGGCUGCAAAAUUUCAUGCAGAGGAACUUCCCUUUCCUUACAAGUCCAAGGAGGUUUUUGAACAGAGCAUCCGCGUGCCUCUCGGACCUGACUAUAACCCCACAUCUUCUUUCAGAGCCCUUGUCCGGCCAUCGGUGGUUAAAAGGCCUGGUGUAAUUAUUAACCCAAUAAAGUUGGAGGAGGUUAGGGCAGAUGAGGAUGUGGCCACGCUCAAUUCAAAGCAGAAAGCUCCAAAAUCGAGGUCAAAGAAUAAUAAACGAGCCACAAGCGUGGGUAAGAAGAAGAAAGGAAGUAGAGCAUAACGGGAGUUGCAGCCCCUCAAGUUUUGUUGUAACGGCAUUAUGGUUUAUUUGCAGAGGUUUUCUGUGUUUUUGAAGUUCUGUGGAGGAAGAUUGUUUCAUAUGGCGGGGACUGCAUUUCUACAUUGCGGUUCUCGAGGUAUAAAACAAAACAGCUAUUUUAAAGAUGGAUACAAAUGGCUGGUCAAUUGAAAUUAACAGUCCAAAUGUUUUUUUAAUAGAAUUAUUUUUAAUAUAAAAUUUAUUUAUUUAUU